AUGGAUCCAGACUUCGAUGGAGACGCCUUUUUUAACGAAGAAUCACUACCACACAUCAAUGACGGCGCGCUGCAAACACAGAUAGAUCAACUCGAUCCUACUGCUGUUGGACUGGGAGUUCCGGACGCGGUUGCUUUGCCCACCAUUAACGCGGAUGUCUUGCAAAGGCUUGUGAGCCUUCACGCGAAUGGGUGUUCAAAUCGCCUGGCAUGGUCUCGGCAGGGUCAUAUUGCUUCUAUCUCAGGUGAUGGAAGAGGGAUAGUCUUACAGUACUUGGUAUUCGAUCGGAGGAAACAGUCGUGGCAGCUCAGUCCCAAGCGAAUCGAGCAUGUUGGCCGAGGACAGAUCGCCAAUAUCAUCUGGAGCCCACUGGCUACUGACCUUGCCGUUCUCGGUGUUGCGGGCAAUCUGACUGUGUUGCGACCAGUUGGUACUGCCACCAACAGGCUGGCCGAGGUUAAACUAGGAGCUGGAGGCGAUCUAGCAGACUUCGGACAGGUCAUUGGACUGCAUUGGCUGGGCCAGGAUCGCGCGGAACGUCCAAGGCAACUUGUUCAAAGCGCUUCAAAGUCCAACGACACCGGCAGAUGGCAGCACCGCCAUGUCAAGGCAGCAGUGCUGCAGCCAGUGUAUCCGAGAGCCAUCAUCGUGGUAAGUCGGGAGGCGAAGUUGGCUCUUAUAUAUGAAAAGAUGGACAGCUCCUUUGGCAAAUUGACGUGCGACCUUGUCACUCAUCUCGAGGAGUACACUCAUGCAGCAGUCGCACCCGCUACAAACGGCAAAUUACUGGUGGCCUUGCACUCGAAGACUGGAAACAUAUCGGUACGCUCAGUCGCGAUUGAUAUGAUGCCUGUAAGGUCUGAAGGCUUGCCGACCUUGAAAGUUGAGCUGAGCGCGAGCGAGCUUUCCAACGCUGCUCUGCCGAGUCUUAACGGACAGAUAUACGAUGGAAACACACAGCACCUUACUCAUCUAGGCAUAAUACCAAGCUCCGAAAUCGAGAAGGCAACACGGCUACCCACAACGGUGUUUGGGAUAUAUGCCCAUAUGAACUACGAUAUAGCCGCCGGCAUGGGCCCCUUUAUGUCUACUGCCACUAUACGUCGCUGGAGCAUUUCACCGCUUAAUGAAACGUUAUUCUCGAAAUUCAAUGAUGGCCCAACCAAGACAAAACACGGCGCCACUGCAGCUACGGAAGAAAGUAACGUUGUUGAGGCUCUUCCCGAUAAGGACGAACAGGCCAUCACGAACGUCAGCGUACUCGAGAAUGGCCAAGGUUUUCAUAUUACAACAGUCGACGGUAGGACUGAUCUGCUGUCAACGGCAGACCUGAGCUCAUCACUCGCCUUCCCUUCCGAAGAUGGCUCAAUCUCGUCGCUGAUGCAGGCAGGCUUUGCCCUGCCUGUAAUACAGAGUCCAGCUUCGGUUGCGUUGUCGCCAAAUCUCUUCUGCGCAGCAGGCGUGGACACGCAUCAGGAUGUCGAACUCGCCAUCUCGCAACACAAUCCACCAGAUCCGACCCAAACGCUUGACCCGAGUACAACAUCCGGCGACACUGCCGUCGCAUGA